AUGAAACUGAGAAACCAAACUCAGCUGUCAGAAUUCCUUCUCCUGGGAUUCUCAGAGGACCCAGCACUGCAGCCCCUAAUUUUUGGGCUGUUCCUCUCCAUGUACCUGGUCAAUGUCAGUGGAAACCUACUCAUUAUCCUGGCCAUUCACUCUGACUUCCAGCUCCAUAUGCCCAUGUACUUCUUCCUGGCCAACCUGUCCAUGGUGGACAUCUUCUUCACCUCAACCACCAUCCUCAAGAUGCUGGAGAACAUCCAGACACAGAGCAGAGCCAUCAGCUAUGCAGGCUGCAUCACACAGAUGUUUUUCUCUCUGCUAUUUGGAAGCCUGGAUGACUUUCUCCUGACCGUGAUGGCGUAUGACCGGUUUGUGGCCAUCUGUCACCCUCUGCACUACAUGGUUAUCAUGAACUCCCAGCUCUGUGUGCAGCUCGUUCUACUGUGCUGGGCAAUUGCUGUUCUGAAUGCCCUUAUGCAGAGCUUAUUGGUGCUGAGGCUGAGUUUCUGCACACACGUGGAAAUCCCUCACUUUUUCUGUGAGUUGAAUCAGGUGGUUGACAGAGCCUGCUCUGACACCUUUCUCAAUGACCUCAUGAUUUGUAUUAUAUCUGUGCUGCUGGGAGGAGGUCCCCUGUCUGGGAUCCUGUACUCCUACUCCAAGAUCAUUUCCUCCAUCCGUGCCAUCUCAUCAGCUCAGGGGAAGCAUAAAGCCUUUUCCACCUGUGCCUCUCACCUCUUGACCAUCUCCCUAUUUUAUGGCACAGUCAUUGGUGUGUACCUCAGUUCCAGUACUGCCCCAAAUUCAGCCUCAACUGCAGCAGCCUCGGUGAUGUACACAGUGGUCACCCCCAUGCUGAACCCCUUCAUCUACAGCCUGAGGAACACAGACAUGAAGAAGGCUCUGAAAAGACUUUUUAUCCAUAAAUGA